AGUUCAGCUAGUUAGGUUAGAAAAAGAAAGAAUUUGUUACCUCCUUCAAAAAGCCUCUGCCACUGAUAACUCCUCAUUUUCAUCUUCUGGCUUGAGGCAGAAAGGUGUUUGUCGCCUUCUCUUUCAAAACUGGUGACUGUAAGGAACUUGCGGGAUAGUUGAACUAUACUGAGAAAGCUGACACCUAGAGGAUGGCACCUCACGUGUUCCUUCUCCUGUUAGCAGGUCUAAUAGGAGCAGCAAAAGCACAAGGUCUGACAACAGCCAAACAAACAACUAUACCACCAGAGACCAUGAACUCAACACUAAAUAGCACUGAGCUCACAACAUUGGCAUCAGACAAUGGAACACAGUCAACAACCAAUGAAACCACAGCAAUACUAAUACCUGAGCGAACAGCUUCAGCCAAUGGUACAGAGCCAACAACCAGUGAAACCACAACACAAGUGACUCAGCCAACAAUUUCAGCUAAUGCAACCGAGUCACCAGCUAUUGUAACUGCAACAACUCAACAAGCAACUCACCCAACAGGUUCAGGCAAUAUGACAGAUUUGCCAACUACUGUAACUGCAACAACACAACAAGCAACUCAGCCAACAGGUUCAGGUCAUGUAACUUCAGAGGCAGCCACGAGCAUAACAACUACACCAUCAAUCAUCACCAUGCCAGUCAGUGCAACAUCACCAGCAGCCAACAACACCUCACCUCUAGUCACUGAAACUUCUGUAUCAGUCAGCCCAAAAUCACCUACCGUUGACAUCACCUCAACUUCAUUCAAUGGAACCUCACCAACAAUCACCAGGAGCUCAACAAAAGUCAACAUAACCUCAUCACCCAUUUCCACAUCACUACCAGUAACCUCACAGCAAACAGGUACAACCUCACCAACAGUCAGUGAAACACCACCAUCUACUCUGUCACCUGUCAGACCAACCUUAGCACCUAUCAUCGCAACUUCGCCAUCUACAACGCCAUCAACUAAACCAACAACUACUACAACUACUACAACUGCUGCUACAACUACAACCACAACACCUGCACCACCACCAAAGCCAAUAGUUAAAUUAGAAUUUAAGAUGCAGCAAGAAUUCAAACAGGAGUUGUCAAACAAAGAAUCAAAAGAGUUCAAAGAUCUUGCAAAAAAUGUGACUUCAGCACUUAAUGACGUCUAUUCCAAGAAACUUGGAUCUGUUUUCAAUCGAACUGAGAUAAAAGAAUUCAGGCAAGGAUCAAUUGUCGUCGACUCUGAGCUGAUAUUCAAUAACAUCACAGAAAUACCAGAUACCAAUGUCAUUGCUGAGUCUUUAAAGAAUGCGAGUUCUACCCCAGAUUUUGGUCUUGCUGUCAAUGUGUCUUCUAUUGCUGCAGAUGUUGUAACACCUACAGUUCCAUCCCCAACGACUGCCAUCCCAACUACGCCUAUAACAUCAGUGAGCAUGACAUCCAUAACAGCAAAUGUAACCACAGUGACCCAACCUCCAACCAAUGCAACAACACCAGUAACCACCGUGACCCAACCUCCAACCAAUGCAACCCCACCAAUAACCACCGUGACCCAACCUCCAACCAAUGCAACCCCACCAGUAACCACCGUGACCCAACCUACAACCAAUGCAACCACACCAGUAACCACCGUGACCCAACCUACAACCAAAGCAACUUUGACAACAGKUACUCCAGCGACAACUCCAGUGGCAGCAGAUUCAAAGCUCCAGAUGACAUUUUCACUGGUAGAAAAUUUUACCGCGGUCGUGGGAACGUCUGGAUCUCCAGAGUUUGUCAGGUUCUCAACAACACUAACUAGUCGACUGAAUGACAUCUAUAGUCGGAGAUUCAGGUUUUUUCUGCGAGUUCUGAUCAAGGCUUUCAGACGAGGUUCGAUUAUCGUUGACUCUGAUGUGAUAUUUGCAAAUGCGAGCUCUGUGCCAGACCCUCAAGCUGUUGCAGAGACUCUGGUGAACGACAGUGCCAGCUUGAACUUCACGCUGAAUGCAACAAGUGUAGUUGUGACAAGAGUCUCUGWAACGACUAUUUCUCCAACUGUGAUUUCAACAGUAACUACAGCAACCCCAACCACGACUACAACUGCAGCACCCACAAAUCCUCCAACUGCCACUGAGGGAUUUCUCUUCAUGAGGUUUGGUCUCAACAAGGAUUUUCAAACAGAAUUAGCCGACACCACUUCAACAGCAUUUCUCCAAUUGGCUUCAACUGUGGUCAAGGAGCUCAACAGAAUUUGCCUUGGCAUCUUCAAUGGUUAUAGUCGCUCACGCGUCAAUUCCUUCAGGAAUGGAUCUGUGAUUACCAACGUGACUCUAGUGUUCAGAAGCACGUCUGUUCUUCCUAACUUAAACAGUGCUCUGUCACUGCUGGAAAGGGAGCUUCUUAAUUCUAACAUACUGAAUUAUAUAAGUGGCAGCCUGACUUUAGCAUCGGGCGGUCCUCCUCUACCCACAAUGGGAAGUUUGACUUUCUUUUCGCUGAUCAUGCUGGCUGUGGCACAGAUGCUGAUCAACUCAUAGUACUCGAAACACGUGCAUUGUCAUUUGAUGCAAGCAGGCAUGCAGUAACAUUGAAGUUUGACAUAACACAUGCACACUGUGAAACUUACCACAUGUGGUAAAAAGAUGUGUCUUGUGGCGUCAAAGAUUGAGAAAGCAAACUGGAAUGUCUUAUUUAAUUUACGAAUCAAUAUAUCUUUUUCUGUUUUUUAAAUACAUAUUUCUUAGAUUUUAUUCAGUAAUAGCUUUUAUGUAAAAAUGCAAAUGUCUAAAUUAUCAUGGGUGAUAUAUGUCUUGAUAAAUGUAAUUCAUGACUCAGCAAAAUACAUUUUUCUUAUUUAAAUCCAUAUUGCCACCAAAGAAUAUCAGUGUGGUCAGUAUGGUAUGGUGUAUAAUGCUAUGAGAAGAAUGGAAAAAAUGAGCUUAUUAUGAAGAUUGUGUAAUUUAAACUACUACAUUGUAUAAAUUAUUUGAUAGACUGUAAUGUCCUGACACAAUUAUCUGUGGUAAGAAAUAAAUAAGUAACUUUUAAUGAUUCCUGUUGAAUAUUAAAAUGGGAAAGAUUAAUUUUACUGUUGAUCAAAAAUGUAAUAAAACAUUACUUUUAAAGACCUA